AGCUGACAUUGGGUCAGUAGACCCAGGGACCACCCCACAAGCUUUGUAUUGAACGCAGCAGAAACCGAAUUCCCGGCGAAUACAGACGUUGUAUCGCUGAUUGGGCAAGUGGUUGUCAUUCAGGGCAUUGUAAUUGAAGGUGGUGAUUUGUCCACUAAGGCCUGUGUGAUAUUGGAGACAACCAUUGGGUGGCCUGAAAUCAGUUCAGAAAUAACACUCGUUGGUUGACUAGCCACGUGAUUAUUAGUUCUUCUUUUAUUCUUAAUUUAAAGCAUAUACGUAAACAUAAGAUAUAUCAGUUCUUUUUAUUUUGAAGUGAUGAGGAUUUCAUUUCCAGUAGCAGGGCGCAACAUAACUUAUCGCAACUGUCCAGUUUUUCUUUGCGGACCUAAAAGCAUUUACACUUGGCAUAAAACCACGUAAUUGGAUCCAGGAAAUGCAUUAUCAUCCAGUUUUUCAUUUGCGAACCAAAUCACUUACAAUCUUGAUAUAAAGGCAACAUUUUGAUUCAAGUUCUACUCCACAGAAGUAUAAAUACCCAUUGAGGUAUUGAGUCACCCACCAGUCUCAGAAACUUGCUUCCAAGCAACAUCAUGAAGACAUUUAUUGUCGCCCUCACUUUGGUGGCAAUAACAUUAGCAGACACUCGUGGCCCAUGGUCCCCCUUCAGUCCCUACAAACCAUUAUCUGAUGACCCCCCUCAGUACACCUAUGCUUAUGCGGUCAAAGAUGAGGAUGCCAACCUGGAUUUCAACGCUGCUGAAGACCGUGAUAGAGACAAAACCACAGGAGGUUACAUGGUUUUGCUUGCGGAUGGCCGUCGACAAAUGGUGACCUACGUUAUAAACGGCCAUUCCGGGUUUGUAGCAGAUGUGCGUUAUAAAGCAGGGGUCACAUCUACUGCCAGUUAUAACCAACCAUCACCUCCUUCCCUUUCUUCUAUUUCGAGUAAGUUUGUGUAUGAAUCAGCUCCUGAGUAUCUUUCAUAUCGAUCAGCCGCAGAGGCCUAUAACAAACCGGCUCCUGAGUAUACUUAAUGCUCCUUUUGAACCAAAUUCGUCUAUUUGUUCGUUUAUAUGCGUUAUCAGAUUUUGUUGUUGUUUGUCUAAUAUCAUAAAUAAA